GGCCUAUAUUUACCCGAGCUCUAGCUCCCGGACGGCAAGGAUGUGAGGCUGGCGAGCCGGCUACCGCGCGCAGGAUCGGACCCGGCGCGCUGCAAGGACGGGCCGUCAACCCAGGAGAGCCGGGAGCGGAGCGCGGCGUCCCCGGGAGCGGAGCCAUGAGGUAGCGGAGUCCCCGAGCCGAUGUGCGCGCGCUCCGCCCUCGGAGCCCCGCGCUGCCCCGGCGGCGCCGGCCGGGACAGUGAGCUCCGGCCCGAGCGGGAUGCAGUGAGCGGCGAGGUCGCUGCGCGGGGCCCGCGGGCCGCCCGGACUCCGACACCCUCAGCUAGCUGCUGAUCUUGGGACCUGCCCGGCAGCGGCCCCCACUCUCCAGCGACCCUUGGGGGUGGGGAGCUUGGCCCCGGGGCGGGCUGUUACAGAGUCCCCGAGGCUCCGGGCCGGGGCCCGAGUGCCGGAUGCGGGGCUCGAUCGCCGUCUCUGGAGAGUUCCUGCGUCUCGGCGCCCCAUCCUGGCUGCGCGGCGCGGACGCCCCGUAUUUAUCCAGACGGGCGCAUCUGGUUUUUUUCGGAGACAUUUUCCACUCCACUUUCCUUCCCUUUUUUUCUCGUGUUGUUGCUCGCCUGAGACUUUUGCCUUCGUCCUUAUCUAGACUAGGGUGACUGUGUUGCGCGCGCGCCCCCGCACCCCCAUCCCCCUUUGCGCACUCGAAGCUAAAUAUUUUCUCUUCUCUUUAAAAUUGAACUCCACCCCCUGCGGGGUGCCCAAGUACUCUCAGUCCUCCUCUGCCUGCCCCCCAGGGCCGCUCCCAGCAGAGUUUUAUUUUUCAGUCUUGCCCAGGCCAAGUUCGGCUGGGGCUGGUGCCUCUGCGGGGCCCACACUGCGCGCUCGGCCGCGCCACCCAGCCGCGCCGGGGCGCCCUCCGGAGAUGCUGCCGUGGAAGAGGCACAAGUUCGAGCUGCUGGCCGAGGCGCCGCCGCGGCAGGCGUCCAAGCCCAAGGGCUACGCCGUGAGCCUGCAUUACUCUGCGCUCAGCUCGCUAGCGCGCGCCUGCCCCGAAGGCGCGCUCAGCCGCGUGGGCAGCAUGUUCCGCUCCAAGCGCAAGAAGCUGCACAUCACCAGCGAGGACCCCACGUACACUGUGCUCUACCUGGGCAACGCCACCACCAUCCAGGCGCGCGGCGACGGCUGCACCGACCUGGCGGUGGGCAAGAUCUGGAGCAAGAGCGAGGCUGGCCGCCAGGGCACGAAGAUGAAGCUGACGGUGAGCGCGCAAGGGAUCCGCAUGGUGCACGCGGAGGAGCGCGCGCUGCGCCGCCCGGGCCACCUCUACCUGCUGCACCGCGUUACCUACUGCGUGGCCGACGCGCGCCUGCCCAAGGUUUUUGCCUGGGUGUACCGGCACGAGCUGAAGCACAAGGCGGUGAUGCUGCGCUGUCACGCCGUGCUGGUGUCCAAGCCCGAGAAGGCGCAGGCCAUGGCCUUGCUGCUGUACCAGACGUCAGCCAAUGCGCUGGCGGAGUUUAAGCGCCUCAAGCGGCGGGACGACGCGCGCCACCAGCAGCAGGAGCUGGUCGGGGCGCACACCAUCCCGCUGGUGCCGCUGCGCAAGCUGCUGCUGCACGGACCCUGCUGCUACAAACCCCCGGUGGAGCGCAGCCGCAGCGCCCCCAAGUUGGGCUCCAUCACCGAGGACCUGCUCGGCGAGCAGCAAGAGCAGGAGGAAGAGGAGGAGGAGGAGCAGCAGCAGCACCUGGAAGGCUGCCUGGAAGAGGAGGACGAGGAGGAGAACGAGGAGGAGGAGGAGGAUCGCGCGAGGCAGCUGGACCCAGUGCAGGAGCAGGGCGAGGAGCAGAGCACGCUGGUGGUGGCCAUGCACUUGGAGUGCGGGGACUUGCUGGACACAGUGCAGAACGGCCGCGAGGAGGCGCUGGGCGGCGGGGCCGGGACACCAACUCCGCUGCGGGAGGACGGUGCCUCCUCGGAUAUAAAGGCCCAGCUGUCGCAGCUGAUUAGUGACCUGGGAGAGCUCAGCAUUGGCAACGACGUGCGCACCCUGCAGGCGGACUUGCGUGUAACGCGCCUGCUGUCGGGCGAGAGCACGGGCAGCGAGAGCUCCAUCGAGGGCGGGGACACCUCAGCCACUGCGGGGAGCCCGGUUGGCCCCACUGGUAGCAGUGCCAGCCCCAGCCCCGACACGCCCUACUCGGGCUGAGCGUCCAGCGGACUCUGCCGUGCGCUCCCCGCACCUGAUAGGGACUCCCCAGCCGUGGUCCCAACAACCUCCCUCUCCCCUACCCGCCCCGGAAAGGGGAAAUGGGGAGGGGGCGCAUCCCUUACGGGGGUGGGCCCCAGGACUGGAGUUCCCCAUGGUUGCUUCCUUCCCAACCUGCGACCUCAGCACUCUGGCUGCUCCCUUUGAGGCGGCUCAGAUUGGUCGUGGGGAUGGGGGCACAUGCAAGAGAAAACCCUAAAAGUAGAGGGAAGUCAUAUGGGGUGGGGAGGAGAAGCCGCCCAGGGAUUGGAAAAGUCCGGCCAGGCAGCCAGUUUCCUGUUUGUGAGGCGCUGGGCCGAAGAGGGGGCGGGGUUUAACUUCUUCCGACCCCCUCCCAGGGAGCCACUUUGCACUGUCAUUGACGCGUACUUUAAAAAGUCGUGGUCACAACGUCACGGCUUCAAUACCACCCCAAUUCCCAGUUCUUUUUGGUGUAUGACUUGGACUGUUUAUCUCAGACUCAGACUCUUGAAAAUCUGCCAAAUUCCUCAAAUAAUUGUUUGGGGGGUGGGUUAUGAAGGAAAGUUGCAUCUUGUUUACAGUUAAGGACAUCUAAUAUCUUUUAAAAAGGAGUUUUCCUGUAGAAACACACACCUUCCUCCUGCCCCAAAGAUCUCACUCUGUGAUGCUGUGUAAAAUAUUUUUGCACUGUUGUGAAAUAUUUUUGACUUUUCUUUUGUACAUAACUGUGUUCUCAGAGCUGAAUGUUUAUAUCUCUUUUGCUGUGCAAAAGAAACAUGUACAAUGUUGUUCAGUUGUAUAUACGGAAAUGUGGAUAAAACAUUUUGUUAUUUUUUGAGUAGCAUGGUUCUGGUUCUGUGGGCAUGCCGGUGGGGGCCACAAUAAAGAGGAAAAUGUCACACA